UAUGAUACAAUUAUAUGUUAAGAGAGGAUAAAUUACACGCAUGCUUGCUUUCUGUGUCAGGAAUUAUUUAUGAUUAUUAUCAAUAACCUAGAUUUUGUGUAUUUUUUAUUUUUUUUUACUAAUAUUUCAACAUUAUUUUUUUAUCUAAGCGGAAUAGUAACUUAAUAUCUUAGUCAAAUAAAUAAUACCGAUUUCAACCGCAAAAGAGACGCUUCUGCUCCAGCAGGUGGCAGCAAUGCGCCGGACGUACGUCUAUUCACCUGCUGAAACCCGUGAAGAAGAUCAGUCGCAGAACAAGUACAUGCGCCUCUCGAAACCCUUCACGGAUUUUGGCUAUUUGUCUUUAAACUACCACUGAAUCAAAAUAUUAGCGUGAAACAAUGAACACUUUACUGAACAAGGUUUUAUUGCUUCAGAACACACGGGCGCUGGUUUGUGCAGCAUCAUCGCUUCAAAGUCAAGUGUUAACUAAACAAAUGCCAUUGGGUGUUUUGCUGACUAACAGACAUUAUAGAUCAAUGCCCACACAUGGUAUUGGAAGAUACAGACAUCUUCUUCCAAAAGCAUUGCCAAAGAAGAAGAAGGAGAAAGUUCAAGCGAAGCAGAUAAAAGCUGCGACAGCAACAGAGUUUGGUGUGUUUAAUGUGUGUGUUUCCGGUUAUGACAUGACUCUAGUGGAACACUAUUCCCAAUAUAUCCACAAUCUCUGCAAUCAUUUGGACAUCAGAGUCGAUGAAAGUUGUGCCCUGCCUACGAAAACCACAGAGGUCAUGGUGAUGCAGGAGCAAGGCACUAAGAUGUAUGUAGAUGCGGUCCUGAAAACCCAUGAGCGUAUUGUUCAGAUCAGUGAAAUGAAGGCGACACUUUUUCCCAUAUUUAUGGAAGUCAUUCUGAAGAACCAGCCUGAGGGGGUGCGACUUUGUCUGAAGCAGCACACAGAAGCAGAUUAUCAAGCCCGGUUCAAAACAAGACCUGAGCUUGAGGGGCUUCUCGCAAAAAUUAAUAAUUAACACAUUUAAAAAUGUUUUUCAUUUUCUACCCCAUUUAUGCUGUAAUUAAUCUGUGAAGCAAUAAACUCAUCCCAUGAAAUGUUUUCCAUA